AGGCGGAGUGGGAGGAGCCAGUGGGGAAACUCAGGCUGCCUCGGCUCUUUCUCUCCGGUCCUCUCGUCGCUCUCCUGCAGGCUGCGUGGCUUCCCGAGAACAAAACCGAGCUACGAAGUUUGUUUGGUUUUUUGUUUAGACUUUGUGUUUGCGCGUUGAAACUCAAGGCUCGCGGCGCAGACAAAUGGCUCAGCCAUUUCCCAACAGUUUAGGACACGAUAGAGCUUUGUCUUCGGAAGGCGGAUUUGUCUAAUUUGUGCCACAAGUUCAAAACAGAUCAACGACGGGACAGUUGUAGUUGAGAUAAAGGAAUCCGGAUCAGCUUUGCGCCCACCAAGGACCAGGUCAAGAUGUCUGUCAGUAACCACGAAAACAGGAAGUCUCGCUCUAGUUCGGGCUCCAUGAAUAUCCAACUCUUCCACAAGACGUCUCAUGCUGACAGUCUGUUGACUCAACUCAACCUGUUACGCAAACGAAAAGUCUUCACAGAUGUUGUCCUGAAGGCUGGAAACCGAUCCUUCCCCUGCCACCGGGCUGUCCUGGCUUCCUGCAGUCGAUACUUUGAGGCCAUGUUCAGUGGCGGGCUCAGGGAGAGCCGGGACGCUGACGUCAACUUCCACGACUCUCUCCACCCAGAGGUGUUGGAGCUGUUGCUCGACUAUGCCUACUCAGCCCGAGUCAUCAUCAAUGAGGAAAAUGCAGAGUCACUCCUUGAAGCCGGCGACAUGCUUCAGUUUCACGACAUCAGGGAUGCAGCAGCGGAGUUCCUGGAAAAGAACCUCCACCACUCAAACUGUCUGGGCAUGAUGCUGCUGUCAGACGCCCACCAGUGCCAGAGACUGUACGAGCUGUCGUGGAGGAUGUGCCUGGCAAACUUUGCUACUCUCUUCAAGACAGAGGACUUCCUUAGCCUGCCUAGAGACAAAGUCCAGGAGCUGAUCCUCAGUGAGGAACUGGAGGUGGAAGAUGAGAGCUUGGUGUAUGAGGCUGUCAUCGACUGGGUCAAGGCCGACAUGGAGCACAGACACAGCGAGCUACCUGAGCUGCUGCGUUGCGUCCGCCUGGCGCUGCUCCCUGAAACUUACCUGCUGAAGAACGUUGCUUCAGAGGAGCUGGUGAUGUGCCACAAAGUGGGUCGGGAGAUUGUUGAAGACGCUGUACGGUGCAAAAUGAGGAUCCUCCAGAAUGACGGUAUUGUAACAGGGUUCUGUGCCCGGCCAAGAAAGGUUAGCCAGGCUCUGCUUCUGCUGGGAGGACAGACUUUCAUGUGUGAUAAAGUCUACGUGAUUGACAACAAGACCAAGGAGAUCACCCCCAAAACUGACAUCCCCAGCCCCAGGAAAGAAUGCAGCGCCUGUGCUAUUGGUUGCAAGGUUUAUGUUACUGGAGGACGUGGCUCUGAAAAUGGAGCCUCCAAAGACGUCUGGGUAUAUGACACGUUACAUGACGAGUGGUCCAAAGCUGCACCUAUGUUGGUAGCCCGAUUUGGACACGGGUCUGCCGAGCUCGACCACAUGCUUUAUGUUGUGGGAGGACACACUUCCCUUGCAGGAUCGUUUCCUGCAUCUCCAUCUGUGUCCCUCAAACAGGUGGAACAGUAUGACCCUCAGACCAAUAAAUGGACUCUGGUGGCUCCACUCAGAGAAGGGGUGAGCAACGCUGCUGUUGUUGGUGCCAAAAACAAGCUCUUUGCCUUUGGAGGAACCAGCGUAAAUAGAGACAAAUACCCCAAGGUGCAGUGCUUUGAUCCUUGCCAGAACCGCUGGUCUGUGCCGGCCGCCUGUCCGCAGCUGUGGCGCUACACUGCGGCGGCUGUGGUUGGAAACCAUGUCGUGGUGAUCGGAGGCGACACUGAAUUCUCAGCCAGCUCUGCUUACCGGUUCAACAGUGAGACCUACCAGUGGUCAAAGUUUGGUGAUGUGACAGCCAAGCGGAUCAGUUGCCAUGCAGUGGCGUCAGGAAACCGACUGUAUGUGGUCGGAGGGUACUUUGGGGCUCAGAGGUGCAAGACGUUAGACUGUUACGAUCCAUCGUCAGACUCUUGGGACAGUGUUACCAGCGUGCCCUACUCGCUCAUUCCUACAGCCUUCGUCAGCACAUGGAAGUACCUCUCAGCGUAGAGAGAGAGAGGCGUCCUGACUCUCAGAGGUUUUUACGAUCAGCCGUGGUGUCUGGUAUGCAGGCAUGUGUCCCCUUCCACUGGCUGCACGGAGGAGGGAGGAGGAGGAGGACGACGAGGAAGAAGAAAGGGGAAGACUUUGUGUGUUCCAGCUGGGACUCCAUCCAGCCUGAUUCAUAUUAUCUUCAGCUGCAAAGAAGUGGAGGCCUGAGUCCUGGAAACAGCCCAGAGACUGGAAGUCUGCUGCCUCUUUCCACCUGAUCUGUUUGCUCAUACUUCUUGUGUAACUUUCCCACAUAGCCCUUAGCCUGAACUGGACUCGUUACCAUGCACACUGCAUCGACUUCACAACCGUCUCUUUAUAACAUACAGCAUACCGCCAGCAAAGGGACUGAUAGCAUAGAUGUGUGCUCUGUGAACCCUCAGAAUUUUCUCUUUCCUCCUCCUGGGACGAAUCUGCUACUGUGACUGUAUCGGCCCUGCACUGCUCAGCUGACUCACUCCAUUAUCAAGCAUGUCUAUCUUACCAGAGUCUGUAAGGAUGGGUUUGUGUCUCUCUUACUGACAUGUUUUACAGUCAACUUGAGAAGACAUUGACUGUCCUUUUUGUUGUGGUUUCUUUCUUUUUUUUUUUUUUUUAAACCGCCUUGUGACACUAAGCGUUUACUCAGGUGUAAUUUAUUUGGACUGCUGAUAGACUGAAUUAGACCUUUGCUAUGCCAGGCGUAUGGGGAUGGAGAGAAGACAUUUGGGGAAGUGUAUGAUUUGGUGCACAGAAACAAUCUUCCUGUCUGUAUUUUUAGACUUUGGACUUGGGCUUCCCUCAAUUUUGGUGAGCUAAAUUUGCGUCGUCCUCCUCGACUUAAAAUACACGCUCGCAAGAGAGAAUGUGGCCCAUUACGGCUGAAGAAGAUGCUUUUAUAUUUCAAGAUGUUAUUUCAAACUAUGAUUUUUUUUGUCAUAUUUUUUUAAUGUCUUGUGUCUCAGGGUUGUGUGUAGUUUUGCCUGUACUUUUACAAGGAAGGGUAACACGUUUGUGUCUUCGUUCUGGACAUUUUUUUUUUUUUUUUGUGAAUGUACUAUUUUGUGAUAAACGAUUUUGCAGAACUGUCUCAUUUUAGAAUAUUACAAUGACAUUGGUUUGCCAAAUGAAAAUGUAUGAUGAAGCUUAAUAGUAUACUUUAAACAUAAAUAUUGUCAAUACACUAAUAGCUAACCUUAGUGGAUUUAAAUAACAGAAACUAACUGUCUCCAAAGUAGUUAACAAAUACUUUGUAGCUAGGAUAUUAUUGUUUUCAUUUCGUAUUUCAGGAUCUUUAAUGGAAGUCUUUUGUGUGUAUAGUUUGUAUAUUUGCAUUGUAAUUCAUUUGUAGAAGCCUUUGAUUUGCACAGUUUGUACAAACAAAUUUCUUUAUGGUCUUAAUUUUUUUUUUGUUUUUUAAUCUUAGUCUUAACCCAGCUUGGGUAGUGUGAAUAAUUGAAGCCUUUUUUGUAGCAAAUUAUCAAGUUGUUUCUCUUCAUUUGCUCUGUGUGCAGGUCAACAGUUUUCUCACUUUAUCAAAGUAUAUAUCAGAUCGACUGAUAUAUUAAGCUAUCACUGAUACACCAUCUGUUACUUCAUGUUCUACAGCUCAUAACUCGUCAAUAAAUAUCUUGUUGAAAACACA